ACAAAAAUGAAGAAAAAACUGAGAUAAAUCAAAAUAUUACAACAUCACUCCAUUGCCCAGAAAUUCGGUUCGGUAAUUUUACGGUAAACCGAACCGAAAAACCGUGAGCAACUACUCUUUACGGUAAGUCGGUAAAGCCGGUUUGUAACCGUUUACCGGUUACAAACCAGUAUCCGUAAUCGAUUCUCAAUUACCGACACUCGGUAUACCGAAAACCGGUAAAGUCGGUAACCGGUUUACCGGUUACCGACCGAAUACCACCCCUACCAACACUACCCUCUACCCCUAAAGCCCAAUACGAAAAUCUACUCAUCAGAUUGAUUCACGAAAUGCUGGUGAAGAGCGACAGCGGCGGCCCGGACGCCGGUAGCCACCAAUAAGAAGGAGGCAGCAGGCAGCUGGUGAAGAACUUCUAUUCCUACUCGACGACACCUCUCCUUUUAGUUGUCGACGACCUUGACAAAGACGGCAUCUCCUGGAGUGUAGGUAACGAUUGGGGUUGAAGACGGUGGCGACCACUGGAGUUGGCCCGCCAGGGGGAGGAAUUGGGCAAGCGUUUGGGGGAGAGACUGCUUCAAUUUGGGGAGAAGUAGGGAUUAGAAGGAAUGGAGAGAGCUUGGGAUGUCAGGGUGGGUUUGUAGAGUUAGAUUUAUUUGACCGACAAUAAUCUGAACCAGGUGGUGUCGAGAUAGGUUAGUAGGAGGGUGAACUGUGUGGUGGUUCCCGUUGAGUCAGCGAUCGGAACUACCUUGCCGUCGGUGUUAAUUUUUAUUUUUUAUUUUCUUAAAUCUUAGAAAUUAUCAUAAUCGUAUUAAGAAAAAAAGUCAUCCAAAUGAUAAUAUUGAUUUAGGAUUUUAAGGGGUCGUUUGGAAGUUGAAAUUGUAAAAUAGAUGCUUUGUUGUGAAUGCAUGUAUAAUAUUAUAUACGUAUUGUCGGAUCAGAUGCAUUGUGUACGUCACAUAAGCUAACAGCUGAGACAAAACAAUCUCAACUCAACUAUCUCAACAAUCACAACUACAAGUUAAGACAAAACAAUCUCAACUCAACUAUUUCAAAAAUCACAACUAAAAGUUGAGAUAUAACAAUCACUCAUUUUGAGUAAUAGAUUCUCUCACAUCACAGAUGUAAUCCAUGUAUUGUUUCUACUAAAAAUAAAAAAAUGAUGCAUUCUAAACAAUACAUGUAUAGUAACAAUCUCAACAAAACAAUCGCAACUUUCAAACGACCCCUUAAUUGAAAUGGAAAAAAUCUAUCAAAUAUAAUGUCAUCUCCUAAAAUAAAUCAAAACUCAACAAGGCCAAGAAUACCCACUAAGCAAAGCAGAAGAACAAUUAUUUCACACUACCUCAUUUUCCCCCCUCUUUUAAAUGUGUCCUCUCGCUCUCUCUUAUGCCCCGUUCACUUGCCAUUUUGUUUUCUGUUUUCUGGUGUGACAAAAAAAAAACAAAUGGUAACAAAUGUGCUCACUUGCAAUUUCAUCGUUGGAAAAACAAUGGGGAAUAAAAGAGGCAGUUGGGCGGAAACAAUAAAAGAUCGUUUGCUGGAAAAUGAGGGACGGAUUUUCCCCCGUUGCCCAAUAGGUUACGCCCACAUUCCCUCUAAUGAGCCUAGCGUUCGAAUCCCUCGGCCACUUCCCCCCCCCCCCCUUUGUUCACUUAGACCAACGGUGUCGUUUUGCUAACCCCAGCUCCCAUCUUUCAUCUCCCAACCUCCCCCAAACUCGACCUCCCCAUCGAACGAAGCUGCCACAAUCUGCCUCUUCUUCCUCUAGUGGAGGGAGAGAAGAUCGAUCCAGCGAGCUCCUUCUCCAAUCGGCGAAGCUCUAGCCGGCGAGCUCCUUCUCCAUUCGGCGAACGAUGGGUUUGCUUUGAGAUGCCAGCAGGUAUAUAUUACCCUUCCAGCGGUAAGUUACUCAUUCUCAAGGGAUUAGAUCCUCGAGGUCAUAACAAUAGAGGUGUGGAUUAGGCUAGAUGAGACGGUGAUAUCUACACUUGCCUAGUAGGUCCUCGAUAAUCCUCUUUGUUUUUCCGUUUGUUCUUCCAUCUCUCUUUAUCUCUCUGAGCUUUGUAUCUCACCACUCUCCCCCUUUCCCUUCCUCUUUCUUCCCACAGCCUAGAAUCGAUAGAAACCUAGAAACAUCCCAAUUACUUCUCGAAUUUUGCGUUCGAAAUGCUUCUGCUCCAUUCACAGUCGAUAGUAUGAAUCAGAGGACCUGAAACCUGGAGAACAGAUGUCCGCUUAUUCCUCUCAAAUGACACAUUUCUCCAUAAAAUAUGAGUUCACCAAUAUAGACUGUGUGGUGUUCGCACUUGUGCGCGAACUCUUAAAGUUUAAAUAUGGUGCGAUCCAUGAAGCAUUCAUGCUUGUAUAGGACUGAUCCAUAUACAUUGUCUUCAUGGUAUGCUCUAACUGUGUCAUGCUAGCUCGACCAUGUGUCUGAGUAUAGUUAUAUGCAUUCUAAUAAUUAAGUUUUUACCUAUUCGCAACACCAAGAUAAAAAAAAGUCAUAAAUGCACCCAGUAUUUGAUUUUGACUACCUGAUAAAAUACUACAUUUGAACCAAUUACCACCGAUGCCACAAAUAAUAAGUAUCUCUAAAUCAUACAUAAAAUAUUUCAAACAUCACAUAUUAAAAUUAAAUUAAUCAUUAUAAAGAGUAAAAAUUGUAUAAUGAGGUUAAUUAUAACUCAUUUAUAUGUUAAUGCUCUUAAAUUGAUCAACACAUCCAAAAAUGGCUAAAUGAACAUCACAUUAAACCCAAUAUCGUCUCAUUAUUGUCGGGUCCAUUCAUGCCAAAUUAGCAAGAGGUUAAUGUUUAGAAAUUAACCAGGCUAAAAUUUUAGAGAACCAGUCACAUAUCGUUUAUACAAAAUAUUAUUGUUUCGUAGUAGUUCUAAAAAUUUAUAUUAAUUUAAAGAAUUCUACAUAUAUUUUGCAUAUUCAAUACUGCAAUUCGAUAUGCAAUAUUUCAAGCAUUGAAAUUUGUGUUGCAAUUUUAAGAUUACCUGUCAUUUUAUAGAUUAUAAAAAAAUUAUAAAUCAUGUAUUAAAUUUGAUUUUCAGAAGACUUAAUAGGCUAGCUAACCGUGAUGGAAAAUUCCUCUGCUCUUCAAAUCAUCGCUAAGUGUAUGUUUACUAUUCAGGAAGAUAAACCAAAUUAUUAUAUCUUGUAGAAAGUGAUUAAUUGUAAAAUCGAAAUUCAAGUAACAUUGAUUCAAACAUUUAAUAUUAAUUUGUAUGUGUGGUACAGUUUAGAUAAACUACAUGUGUGUAGCCAAAACAUGGAUCUUCGUGACAUAUAUAGUAAUUUUUUUAUGACAAAUCUACACAUAACAUAAAGAUAAAUUUGGCGCUAUGACAAAAAAGAGGUUCGUAGAAUCACUCUCAGGCCACGAAAUUUAAAAGGAGACUCAUUUUUCAAUUUUAUUAUUAUAUUAUGUGUAGAUUUGGGGGGGGGGGGGGGGGAAUGCUAUACUCGUUACAAAGAUCCAUGUUUUGGUUACACUUCUGUAUUUUGUCUAAACUAAACUAAAAUACACAUACAAUUUAAUAUUAAUGUUUGAAUCAAUGUUACUUGAGUUU